CCGGUUUGCAUCGCAUGGGUAUUAGUAAAUAGUAGCACGCGAGUUUAUAUUUGUGAGAAAAUUUAAUUCAAAUUAAAUAUAAAACCUAAAAGUAAGCAAUAAAGACCAAAUGACAAUCAUUUUCGUAGCCUAACAGCUGUACGCAUUUUACAUUGGGUUUUCCAGUUUUUCAGUUCAAGUUCAAGAUUUGCCAAAAUUUAUAAUGGACGAACAGGAUAUUUUCUUUUUCAGCAGUAAAAAAAUCGAAAAGGAUCCUCCGUCAUCUAAAUUGCAAGCCGAACCGCAGAAGCCAAACACAGCACAAACCGAGGUUAUUAUCUCACGGCCUACUACAGAAGUUGAUUAUAGAACUAAUAAUCCAUAUAUUGGUCUUGCUAUCAUCCUCAACCACAAGCAUAUGCGGGGCCAAUCAAUUCGUAAGGGUACUGAAAAAGACAGCAAAGAUAUUACAGCGUCUUUAGAGAAUUAUGGAUUCGAAGUGCGCGCUUACAAUGACUUGAAAAUAAAGCAGAUAUCAACACUUUUGGAUUCAGUCGCCACUGAAGAUCACAGCCAACAUGAUUGUUUUGUGCUCGUCGUUAUGACCCAUGGAGAUAGAGGCAGAAUAUGUGCAGCUGAUGACUUUUACUCAACUGAAAAGCUGUGGGAGCCAUUUCUUGGAACUAAUUGUCCGACCUUAUUGGGAAAACCAAAGCUAUUUUUUGUGCAGGCAUGUCGAGGCAAGCGCGUGGAUCAACCAGUAAUGACGAGAUUGAUGAUGCGCUCUGAUUUUGAUUCAUUUCCAGAACUCUCAAAUUUCAGUGAACCUAUCUAUAUGACCUAUGCUAUACCGUCUACAGCUGACAUUUUGGUUAUGUAUUCAACGUUUGAAGAUUAUUACUCAUUUCGCCAUAGCGAAUCUGGUUCCUGGUUCAUCCAAAGUUUCUGCAGUAUUUUGAAUGAGGCAGCUAUGGACGUUAAAACAAAAACUGAAGGUGUUGAAUUGCUCCGCCUACUCACCGCCGUGAAUCGCAAAGUAGCUUAUGAAUAUCAGUCUUAUCACUUGAAAGCACAGUUCGAUCAAAAAAAAGAGAUGCCUAAUUUUAUGUCAACACUAACCAAGAUGUUCUACCUAAAAGUGAAACCUAAAAAGGCAGCUGCACAGAUCGCAGUUAAGGCAGACACCGAAAACGAUGAUGUUGGAGAAGAAGAAAAACUUAAUAGAAUUUUUAACUUAGACGUAGAAUAUUCUUUAAUUAAAGGUCCAGUACAAUUCAUUUGAUUGCUUUCAGAAAGUUUUUAACGGCAUUUAAUAUAUAAGUAGAUACGAGUAUAU